GCACGGAAAAUUAAACUUUGUUGUAGUGUUGUCAUUUAACUAAAAUAGUUAAUAAAAGACAGACGCGGGUUGGUGCUGUCUUUUGUGUUGUUGUGCUUGUGUGGUAUGUGUUUUGUAUUAUUAAGCUGUACUGUACAUUAAUUUUCAAAAGCAAAAGGCGAUACCUAAAGCGACUAACGCACAUCACCCCAACAUAAAACAAAGUGCGGUGGCGGCGUCUGUUUUGUUUAAGAACCAUUAAUAUUUUGCAACAAAGUAAAAAGUAUUUGCAACGCAGGAGUAGCAGCUACAUAAACAAACUCAACAUGGAGAACGGCAAGAACGCGAUGUCCAUCGAAAAGAUGUACCAGAAAAAAUCGCAACUAGAGCAUAUUCUUUUGCGUCCUGAUUCGUACAUAGGUUCUGUUGAGUUCACCAAGGAGCUGAUGUGGGUACAUGAUCCGGAAAUCAAUCGCAUGAAACAGCGAGAAAUUUCCUUUGUGCCUGGUCUGUACAAGAUUUUCGAUGAGAUAUUAGUCAAUGCAGCUGAUAACAAGCAGCGCGAUCGACAUAUGAAUACCAUUAAAGUUGAUAUAGAUCCAGAGAAGAAUAUUAUCUCUGUGUGGAACAAUGGGCAGGGUAUACCUGUGACCAUGCACAAAGAGCAAAAAAUGUAUGUGCCGACGAUGAUCUUUGGUCAUUUGUUGACCUCGUCCAACUACAAUGAUGAUGAGAAAAAGGUAACAGGCGGCCGCAAUGGCUAUGGCGCAAAGCUGUGCAAUAUUUUCUCAAACAGCUUUACAGUGGAGACGGCAACCAAGCAGUAUAAGAAGAGCUUUAAGCAGACCUGGGGGAACAAUAUGGGCAAAGCUUCUGAGCCAUCAAUAAAGGAUUUUAGCGGCACUGACUUUACCAGGAUAACAUUUAGUCCGGAUUUGGAGAAGUUUAAGAUGGACAGGCUAGAUGAGGAUAUUGUGGCAUUAAUGUCACGUCGCGCCUAUGAUGUGGCUGCUAGCACAAAGGGCGUUUCUGUCUUCUUAAACGGCACCAAGCUAGCGGUGAAGAACUUCAGAGACUACAUUGAUUUGUUUGUCAAAAAUACCGAUGAUGAUGCCGGCCAGCCUAUUAAGGUAACCUACGAGGCUUGUGGCGAACGCUGGGAGGUGGCCUGUUGUCCUUCGGAUCGCGGCUUUCAACAGGUUUCAUUUGUCAAUUCCAUAGCUACCACUAAGGGUGGGCGUCAUGUCGACCAUGUGGUGGACAAUAUAAUCAAACAGCUCAUAGAGGUACUCAAAAAGAAGAACAAAAACGGAAUUAAUAUCAAGCCAUUCCAAGUGCGCAAUCAUAUAUGGGUGUUUGUCAAUUGUUUGAUUGAGAAUCCCACCUUUGACUCACAGACCAAAGAGAACAUGACGCUUCAAGCAAAAGGCUUUGGCUCAAAAUGCGUUAUGUCAGAAAAGUUUAUAACAAACGUUUCCAAGUCGGGCAUUGUAGAGUCUGUGCUGUCCUGGGCCAAGUUCAAGGCGCAGAAUGAUAUUGCCAAAACAGGUGGAAAGAAAUCGCAUAAAGUUAAGGGCAUACCCAAGCUGGAGGAUGCCAACGAGGCAGGCACUAAGAACUCGAUAAAAUGCACACUUAUACUCACUGAGGGAGACUCAGCCAAGUCUUUGGCUGUCUCUGGCUUGGGUGUUAUAGGUCGUAAUUAUUACGGUGUAUUUCCGCUGCGCGGUAAACUACUCAAUGUGCGAGAGGCUACUUUUAAGCAGUUGACUGAGAAUGCUGAAAUUAACAAUCUUUGCAAGAUUAUUGGCUUGCAAUACAAGAAAAAAUAUCUUACUGAGGAUGAUUUGAAAACGCUGCGCUAUGGCAAGGUCAUGAUUAUGACAGAUCAGGAUCAGGACGGCUCGCAUAUUAAGGGUUUGCUAAUCAACUUUAUACACACCAAUUGGCCAGAAUUAUUGCGUCUGCCCUUCCUGGAGGAGUUUAUAACACCUAUUGUAAAGGCCACUAAAAAGGGCGAAGAGAUUUCGUUCUAUUCGCUGCCCGAGUUUGAAGAAUGGAAGAUGGAUACGGCCAAUCAUCAUACAUACAAUAUCAAAUACUAUAAGGGUUUGGGUACUUCAACCUCAAAAGAGGCUAAGGAGUACUUCCAGGACAUGGAUCGUCAUCGUAUACUUUUCAAAUAUGAUGGCCAGGUCGAUGAUGAUAACAUUGUUAUGGCUUUCGCCAAGAAACAUGUGGAAUCUAGAAAAACCUGGCUGACCAAUCACAUGGACGAGGUAAAGCGACGCAAACAACUGGGCUUGCCGGAGCGUUAUCUCUACACCAAAGGCACCAAGUCGGUGUCGUACUCAGAUUUUAUAAAUCUAGAGCUGGUGCUGUUCUCGAAUGCAGACAACGAACGUUCCAUACCCAGUAUGGUGGAUGGCCUUAAGCCUGGACAGCGCAAGGUUAUGUUUACUUGCUUCAAGCGUAACGACAAACGUGAGGUUAAAGUGGCACAACUCUCUGGCUCUGUGGCAGAGCAGUCUGCCUAUCAUCACGGCGAGGUGUCAUUGCAGAUGACUAUUGUCAAUUUGGCACAGAACUUUGUGGGCUCGAACAAUAUUAAUUUACUAGAGCCCCGUGGUCAGUUCGGUACACGUCUAACAGGUGGCAAGGAUAGCGCUAGCGCUCGUUAUAUAUUCACUAUGAUGUCACCAUUGACGCGUCUUAUUUAUCAUCCAUUGGAUGAUCCAUUGCUGUCGUAUCAAGUAGAUGAUGGCCAGCGCAUUGAACCCACUUGGUAUAUACCCAUAAUACCCAUGGUACUAGUGAACGGCGCCGAAGGUAUCGGUACUGGCUGGUCCACAAAAAUCACCAAUUAUAACCCUCGUGAUCUUAUUGUCAACUUACGUCGCAUGAUCAAUGGCGAAGAGCCGCAAGAGCUGCAUCCUUGGUAUAAGAACUUUCAAGGCACCAUGGAAUAUGUGUCAGAUGGACGUUAUGCUCAUUCGGGCAAUCUACAAAUAUUACCCAAUAACGUUUUAGAAAUUACCGAAUUGCCUGUGGGCGUUUGGACGCAGAACUAUAAAGAAAAUGUGCUGGAACCCUUGUCCAAUGGCACUGACAAAAUUAAAGCUGUUAUAUCCGAGUAUCGUGAGUAUCACACUGAUACCACAGUACGUUUUGUCGUUACAUUGGCUCCUGGUGAAUUUGACCGUCUACGUUGUGAAGAUGGUGGUUUCUAUCGUGAGUUCAAGUUAUCCUCAUCGUUCCAAAUCAACCAAAUGCACGCAUUUGAUGAAAAUUCCUGUUUACGUCGGUAUCCCUCGCCUGGUGAUAUACUAAAAGAGUUUUACAAACUGCGAUUGGACUUCUAUUGUCGCCGCAAGGAUUAUCUGGUGGGUCAGCUUACAGCACAGGCGGAUAGGCUAAGCGAUCAAGCGCGUUUUAUUUUGGAAAAGUGUGAAAAGACGUUGGUUAUUGAGAAUAAGCAGCGCAAGAAUAUGAUAGAUGAGCUUAUCAAGCGUGGUUAUCGUCCUGAUCCAGUAAAAGAAUGGCAGCGUCGCAUUAAGAUUGAAGAUGCGCAGAGAGAUGAUGAUGACGAUGAUGAGGAGGAGGAAGAGGAACAGAGUUCGGCCGGUAGCGGCAGCAAGAAGGUAAAGAAGGAAGUGGACCCUGAGAAGGCCUUCAAAAAGCUAACGGAAGUCAAGAAGUUUGAUUAUCUGUUGGGCAUGUCUAUGUGGAUGUUGACAGAGGAGCGAAAGAAUGAGCUGCUAAAGCAACGCGAUGCCAAGUUAACUGAAUUGGAUAAUCUUAAGAAGAAGACUCCACAACAUCUUUGGAUGGAUGAUCUUGAUAAUCUUGAAGAGAAACUCAAUGAGGUGGAGGAGAAGGAGCGCCUAGAGGAGCAAGGCAUCAAUUUGAAGCAAUCCAAAGCUGUUAAGGGUCAAAAGGCAGCCGCAUCCAAAGGCCGAAAGGCCAAGAUGAGUAUGGGGGCAGGCAAUGGAGACAUAUUCCCAGAUCCCGAUGGCGAGCAUGUCAAGUUCAAGGUCACUGAAGAUCUCAUUAAGAGGUUCAAUGCUGCCAACGUUGCAAGGACCAGAAACCUGGAUAGGAUGGUUAAGAUCGAGAAGAAGGAAUCUGUCGCAGAAGAAGUUGAUGAUUUCGAUGCGCUUGUCGCAGGUGGCGCCGAGAAGACUUCGCCAAAAUCUAAAAAAUCGCCCGUUGUUAAGAAAGAGCCCAAAGCAACAGUUGAGAAGAAGCCGCGAGUAAAGAAGGAAAAAGAUGAUGGUCUAAAGCAGUCCAAGUUAAACUUUAAAGCCAAGGAUAAGAGUGUGGAUGAAGAUGAAAGCUUUGAAAUGGACGUGCAACGUACUGUUGAGCGUCCUGGUCGUCGUGCAGCCAGCAAAAAGAUUGAUUAUUCUUUGCUAGAGUCCGAAAAUGAGGAUGCAAAUGAUGCCGACAAAACUUUUGAUGAAAAGGAUGAAUCGCCCGUUAAACGUCCACCAGUGAAACGUCAGCGCGAUGAGGACAGCAGUGGUGGCGCCAAAAAGAAGGCGGCGCCAAAGAAGCGUCGAGCCAUCGAAAGCGAUAGUGACGCUGAAGUUGAGUUUGUGGAUAAUGAAGAUGAUUCCGACUAUAUGGAAUAAGCUAGUUUUAGUCCACGAAUUUAUUGAUAGCGGCAUUAUGCGCUCCGUAUUCAAUCAUAUAUUCCGGAGUUCGAUAUUAUUGAAAUAUGGAACGAAAACAAAGUGUAUUCAACCUUAUAUACUUUAUUGGAAUAAGUAAUUAGUAUUUUCAUUAUACCAACGCAAAAUGGCAUAGACUUAGGCUCAUCUACAUAUGCAAAACACUAAAUUUACUACCAUAUGAGUAUAUGUACUAUUUGUAAUAACCAAUGUCAGGUAGUAAUUUAAGCACUGCAAAAGCUUAGCUAUUUUAAUUUUUAUAGUUUUAACAUAAUCACGUUUAUUUUAUGCUCAGAUUGUAUAA